AGGAAGAGAGAGAAGGAAGGGGCGAUGUGAGCUGGGGAAGGGGUGCGUGUUCGGGACACCCCCCGCUUGUUCUCCCCCUCAGCCCCUCUUCCCUUCAAAGCCCCAGAAACUUCCGCGUGGCUCCCACGGCGGGCGCUGGUACCACUUUCAGAUGCAACCGUUCGGACGCGGAAAUGCCGAUAGGAGCAAUGAGCAUCUCCAGGGGCUGUGGCGAGCAGAUGCUGUGACCUUGGUGACCAGGACAGCCAUCUGAGGACCAGGAAUGGAUACUCCCUCAGCCCACUGAGAUGCCACAGAUGCCCUUCAGUGUCCUCGUCCGGCUGCCUGCUUCAUUGCCGCAUCUCUGGUGACAGCAUGGACAAGACCAGGCUCUGAUUAAGAUCCUUUCUGGAGGAGAGUGGCAAAAACAACUUCCCUCUGACCUGCCCCGUGACCUUCGAGGUUCUCGACCCCAGGGACCCUGGAUGGUCACAAGGAUUGAUGACCCUUCCACCUCCUCGGAUGCGGAAAAAAGUCAGCGUUGUUAAGUUUGAUGAAAGCCUCAUCACAAGACAUUAUCGGCUCUUUAAGGAUUGGUGACAAGCAGGCCGCUCUAUUUUCUGGAAAGACUAAUUAUACGCCCGCGGAGCCAACCCACCAUGAGUGGUCCACGUAGCCUUUGAACAUCACGGUGCCACGUCUGACACCGCCCGUGGCCAUUGCCCCGAAGCAGAGUUGGCCGAGGGAGGCUUUGGGGUUCCCUGGGAGUCCCUGCCUUGCCUUGUGACCGAGCUUCCCUUCCGUCUCUGGGAUCUUUCUUGGGAGGUGCCCGUCCGUUAGGCGUGGGUUCCUGCACCCCAUCCCUGGGGUCCCCCUGCCCCGCGCCCCGGCCGGGGAGGCAGACAUGGCACCCGUGAGGAAGAAGAGCACCCUCAAGGUGCUCACCCUCCUGGUCCUCUUCAUCUUCCUCACCUCCUUCUUCCUCAACUACUCGCACACCGUGGUCACCACCGCCUGGUUCCCCAAGCAGAUGGUCAUCGAGCUCUCCGAGAACUUCAAGAAGCUCAUGAAAUACCCCUACAGGCCCUGCACCUGCACCCGCUGCAUCGAGCAGCAGAGGGUCUCCGCCUGGUUCGAUGAGCGAUUCAACCGGUCCAUGCAGCCGCUGCUGACGGCCAAGAACGCGCUCCUGGAGGAAGACACUUACAAGUGGUGGCUGAGGCUCCAGCGGGAGAAGCAGCCCAAUAACUUGAACGACACCAUCAGGGAGCUGUUCCAGGUGGUGCCUGGGAACGUGGACCCCCUGCUGGAGAAGAGGCUGGUCAGCUGCCGGCGCUGCGCCGUCGUGGGCAACUCGGGCAACCUGAAGGAGUCCUACUAUGGGCCUCAGAUAGACAGCCACGACUUCGUGCUGAGGAUGAACAAGGCCCCCACGGAGGGGUUUGAGGCCGACGUCGGGAGCAAGACCACCCACCAUUUCGUGUACCCCGAGAGCUUCCGGGAGCUGGCGCAGGAGGUCAGCAUGAUCCUGGUCCCCUUCAAGACCACCGACCUGGAGUGGGUGAUCAGUGCCACCACCACCGGCACCAUCUCCCACACCUAUGUUCCUGUCCCCGCCAAGAUCAAAGUCAAAAAGGAGAAGAUCCUGAUUUAUCACCCGGCCUUCAUCAAGUACGUCUUCGACAGGUGGCUGCAGGGCCACGGGCGCUACCCGUCCACCGGCAUCCUCUCCGUGAUCUUCUCCCUGCACAUCUGUGACGAGGUGGACUUGUAUGGCUUUGGGGCGGACAGCAAAGGGAACUGGCACCACUACUGGGAGAACAACCCUUCGGCGGGGGCUUUUCGAAAGACCGGGGUGCACGACGGGGACUUCGAGUCCAACGUGACAACCAUCUUGGCUUCCAUCAACAAGGUCCGGAUCUUCAAGGGCAGAUGACGCCGCGCAGGUUAAGGACACUUGCACCAGCUCACCUCUCGACGUGCAGCCCCGGGAACUUGGUGGCCCAGCCUCAGGGGUGUGCCCAGGUGCCCCUCGCAGCUCUUGCACCCUGACAUUUGGCAGCCUCUGCUCAGCAAGGUCGCCGAGCCCUGCCAGGGCUGCAGAGCGAGUCUCAGAACCCAUCUUGGGUGGGGAGAACCCCUCGCCACCGCUGCCCUGGGCUGGGGGAUGGUGGGGGGCUCGGGAGAGGUUCCAUCUGGAUGCCCAGGUUCCAAGGGAGAGAAUGGUUUCCAGGGAGGAUGUGCAGAUAUGCUCCUCUGCCGAGGGGUGCAGGGCCAACAUUUUGUUUCUCGCCAGGAAGUUCCUGAUCGGGGGCGGGGGUGGGGGGGCCCCUCCGGGAAGGCCACAUAGGGCCCGCUCGCGUGGCAGGACUACCCCCCCUCCCCUUUCUGCCCGGAGGCCACCUGUGGUGGCUCCCCACCCCACAGGUCCUCAGAGACACUAAGCAUCUGGGAGGCGCCGUCCUCCCAAGCUGACGUUCCCUGGAGUCAUCCAGCUUUGAGGUUAUAACGAUGGCUGAGAGCAGAUUUGACCACUUCCAUGUGCCUUUGUACUUGGGAGAAAUGCCUGCGUGGGCUGAAAUGAGGCAAAGCCCCACCCUGGGAAGGGACCCAGCAAUGCGCUUCCCUUGCUUUGGAGCUGGCGACAGCUUUUCUAGGUUCCCGAGCCAGCGCCUGAGUCGGAGCAAAGCUCGGCGGAUGCCCUGCGCCAUCCCGAGGCCCAUCGGCCAUGGACUGUCCCUUCUUCGUUCCUCAGACUGUUUGGCUUUGGUGCCCGUCACCUUCCAGAGCCACGCAGAGGGGCCGCCACCAGCCUGCAAUUUCCCCAAGGGUCUGCGCUCUGGGCCCGAUCCCCGUGGGCCACCUGCGUGGUGUCCUGGGGGUUUGCGGGGACAUCCUGGGAAGGCGACCAUCAGCGGGGAAAGGUGAUACCUCAUCCUUCACAUCCCAGCUGCUCUUUCUUCCUCGUCAGCCUUCCUGAUUAUUUAUUGUUUUGUUUUUGAAAAUUCAGCAGACACCGUCUGUCCUCUGUGGUUCAAUUGCUCUCGCCUCGCCUGGUAGCUGGGGCGUGGGCGCUGGAAGCCAGUUUUGUGGGAAUCUUCAGCCAGGGUGGAGGGGUACAGGGGUGUCUCAGGCUCGAGGGCUCACUGGUGGGCACAGCCUGGGGUGUCAGGCUGGUGGGUUUGCAGAAUGUGCUACGCUGCCUUCUCUUCCAACCCCUCCUUUCUUCUUGCUCCUUGUGGACUUGGAUUCCAUCUCAGGCCAGAAAUCUGCAAACCCAGUGGCACCAUCUUAGGGCUGGGUGGGGAGUAGAGUCGCAGACAUUAAGAGGGCAGUGAUUGUUGGCUCCAGGUACUGACAUUUCAUUAAAAAUUUUUUUUUUUUUUCCUAAAAGGCCACUGGUAUUUGAGAGGCAGGGUCAUAUCCCGGUAGGGUAUCAAGGCUGCCAGUCUGGGAAGUGUGUGUGGCGGGGCUGCCUCCACCGCUCCCUGCAGCCCUCUGGCAAGCCCUGCCCUCCCCUGCCUGGGGAGGAGGAAUAACCAGAACUCAGACCUGGCAGCGGGCACUCAAAAACCUCCAGAAAUCACGUGCCGUUUGUUUUUCCCCCGAGUCUUUCUUUGAGUAUUUUUCCUGGGGAGAGGUUCCAUCAUUUUCAUGAGAUUCUCAAAGAUUCAGAAUCCAGAAUACAAACAAAACAAAACCUUGUUCCAGCUUGAACAUUCUCCCAAACUGAAGCUGCUCUGACCAAUAAAGGCUCAUAGAUGCGUGUGAGGUCCUUCUUCCGAACAUAAAUCCUCAGAGGCUAGAGUUCACGGCCGUGCUUGACGUGAAGGACGCAGCGGGCAUGUGUUGGUCGGCUGAUUAAUCCCGGGGACUCACCUUGAGGACGUGGACACCGACGUGGAAACAGUGCGGGCUGACCUUUGGAGGCCGAGUCCAUUUGGGGAUGACGGCUUCAGAGGGAGCACUGCUUCCUUGGGCUGGGCUGAGUCAGCUCAGGUCCCCCGAGUGGACAGGUGCACAUGGCCAAGCUGCACGCCACCUGGGCCAGCCGCCCGGUCCCCACCCCACCUCUCCCUCUCUCCCACUGGAUGGCCUUCCAGCCCUGGCCAUCCGGCUCUCCCGCUUUACAGAUGAGAAAAGCAAGGCCAGAAAAGGGAAGUGACUUGCAAAUGUGAACCAAUUGUGACAAAUAGCGCAAGUCGAACAGAUUUUGAUGAAAUGGGAUGUUGUUGGUUCCCUAUUUAAAGCACCCAGAGGUGGGCUUUCCCAGCCAGGCUCAUCCAGCCCCUCAAAGAAUCCGUGGGUGUAGGUUUCUGCCUCUGCUCGGCUUCAUUCUCAGGCUGCCCACGGGGUCCUGAGGCAAGCUGGGACCUAUGCCUUCUCACACCAUCCUUCCAGUGGCAGAGACAACACUUUGCUGUCCCAUAGCCCCAGCAGACGUCUCUUUGUGUCUCAUUGGCUUCCCAGCAGCCACCUCUUAAAGAGCCAGCCGUUGCAGCCGAGGUUAAUGCACUAUUGCCUGAAACCAGCGGGGCCUGUGCUGGGGUAAAAGGGUGGCUGAGAGCUGGACAAAAGGGCUUCCCAUGGGGAUUUGAGCAUCAGCUGCAGGGUAAGCAGCACCCAUGCGGGGAGGCUCUCCUAGAUCCAUUAUAUGCAGCUGGGCUUCCCAGGGCCCCCGGAGCCCAGCCCAGGCCUCUGUCCGCUCUGCAGAUAGGGAGCUCCUUGGAACUGAGGUGUCCUUGUCUGCAAAAAUCAGUGCUGAGCCUGAAAAUCAAAAGCCUGGGCUGGGAGUUCCCUUCGUGGCUCAGCUGGUCAAGGAUCUGGCUGGUAUCCAUGAGGGUGCGGGUUUGAGCCCUGACCUUGCUCAGUGGGAUAAGGAUCCCGCAUUGCCACAAGUAGGUUGCAGAUGUGGUUCAGAUCUAGUGUUGCUAUGGCUGUGGUGUCAGCCGGCAGCUGCAGCUCUGAUUCAACCCCUGGCCUGGAAAUUUCCAUAUGCCGCAGGUGUAGACCUUAGGAAAAAAAAAAAAAAGAUAAAGGCCUGGCUGAUGACAUCUGCCCCUGCCCCAAGAGGCUGUUUUCUCAAGCUGGAGCAAAAGCAACACUUGGCAGCCACACACCCCCCACCCUGAGACCGGCCCCCGCCCACCUGUUGGAGAAAGGAGGCCGGGUUUGUAGUCAGCUGGGGCAGAGAAGAAAGGACUUAAAUUGACUCCCUUUGAAACCCUGGCUUCAUCAGGUAUUGUCCAGCCGGCCACAUGGGCUGGGCUUGGUGGGAGAAGCCGGAUGCCAGGAAAUAGGACCUGAAAGGAAGCCAGGUCAGAAGGCGGGGCAGGCCAUUCCUAGAGCGAGAGGCAGGUUCAGAGGCUUGGCGGCAUCCGUGGCUCGGCUGUGGCCACAAGGGCUGGCAAGAGGCCAACCCUGCCUCCAGGCAAACUGAGCCUUGGGGUCAAAAGUGGAAGAGAAUCACAGAGAAUGUGUAGAACUGUGAUGUUUACUCAAACUGUCCUCUCCAAAGUCACCUGAACCCAAAGGAAAAAAAGAAACGAUGAAAGAGCCCACUCCCUCCCACAACUGGUCGGAAGGGCUUUCUGCAGGGAAGCCAAAGACGGCUGACUCGGGGCACCUGCCAUCAGGCCUGGGCACCUGUCCUCGCCCCUCCAAAGAGCUCGGGAUUGUCACUGUUUCUCUUGUGGGCGUCGGGUUUGCACAGAUCUGGCCACUGGCCGCUGGCCGUCAUCCUCUCCUGGGGUCUGGGCUAAGAAGCUGUGAGCCCUGCUCGGGGGGGGGCGGGGGGUGUCCUUCCGUGACACCUCUGCAGAGAAAAGGAGAGGGGGUCAGCAGCUCCCGUUGUGGCUCAACGAUAACGAACCCGACUAGUUUCCACGAGGAGGCAGAUUCAAUCCCUGACCCUGCUCAGUGGGUUAAGGAUUCGGUGUUGCCGUGAGCUGUGGUGCAGGUUGCAAACGCAGCUCAGAUCCCUAGUUGCUGUGGCUGUGGUGUAGGCGGGCAGCUACAGCUCUGAUUCCACCCCUAGCCUGGGAACUUCCAUAUGCCGCACACGCGGUCCUAAAAAGAAAAAAAAAAAAAAAAAAAAGAGGGUGUUGGAGGAAGAGCAGGGCCAGGAAAGCCGCACCACAGGGCCCUGCAUUUCCUCCCAGCAGCCCGCCUGCCUCCUGCCUCAUUUCCCUCCCAGCUCAUCAGAGACCCACACUCAUCCUGCACUGUCCUUGUCCUCCACCCGCCCGAGGCCCUGGACCAGACACCAGCGCUGGCCGGGGCCUGGGUCGCGAGCCCCCUCCCAGCCCCGGGAGGUGAGCAUGGAUAGGCGCCCAGGACGUUAUCAUUUAAAAGAACUGCAGCCAAAGCCAAAGUUUCCUGAGCACUUUUUCCUCUUGGCGGUUGGGUUGGGUUGGGUUGGUUGGUGGUGGUGUCCUCUCCACUCUGUCCCCCACCUCGCUCCCGCGUUUUGCAGCCGAGCGUUCAUCUGGAUGCUUUUUUGAAUGAAAUUGGCCAGGGUCUGUCUUCCUCAGCCUCUGCUCUGGGUUUUGUUUUUGUUUUUUAAUUUAUUGUUGAACAUGUCUAAUGAUGCAAAUCAAAGCAAAUAAAAUAAUUAUUUUAUCA